GUUUCAGUAAAUUAAACCAAGAAAAUGACAGAAUAUAUAAUAUGUUCCCUAUCAUAGUUAGACAUCUCAAUUAUUGUACACAAACCAACUUCACACCAACAAUUUCAUCACACAUUCUAUUCAUCAAAGACCCUUUAGUAAUCAAUAAAGAGGUCAGCAAAUCCAAAUUCGAUACAAGAAAAAAUAAAAUGUCAGCUAAAAUUUUAAGUUCUUCACCAAGCUACUACUACUUAAGCUGCAGCCAUGUCAGUUGCAGAAAUACUCGAAAUUCGUCGCAGUUUCAUCCCCUGCCUCCGAUCAAACGUGCCCCAAAAUUCGAUCAAACUCGUGAUUUCUUGAAGUCUAGUGCUAAAUAUGGGAUCAUUUCAACAGGUAUUUCGAGGCCACGCAGUGUACAAGUCAGAUCCUCAGCUUCUCCAAACAAUCCUUCGUCUUCAUGGAAGAAAUGGUUGAUCGGAAUACUGCUGACAGUAAUUUUACCAGCUGUAGGAUACAAAGGAGGCCUAUUCGCAAUCCUCAAAAGCAAGAUCGACAAAGCGGUAGAAGUGGUGGAGGAGGUGGCGGAGAUGGUGGAGGAGGUGGCGGAGAGGGCGGAGAAGAUCGUGGAGGAGGUGGAGGAGAAGCUUCCAGAAGAUUCGAAGCUGAGGGAAGCCCUGGAGUCAUUCGAUGAACUAGCUAAGAAGGCAGCCAAUGAAGCUAAAAAAGCUGAAGAUGCUGUAAACAAGGUAAAACAAAUGGAGGAAGAGAUAGAAGCAAAGCGGCUACAAGCUGGUAAAGUCCAAUCGAACAAGUAGCCACUCGAUCAAGAUUUAUAAAAUAACCGACUUAAACACUCUUCUCUCUUUUCUCUUCCUUUUUUUCUUUUUCAUUUAAUUAUUUUUGCGAGUUAUUAUGUUGUUCAACUUGAAUUCGGCUAGCACAUAAUUUAUCUGCUCAAGAAUCAAUUAUUAUUCAUAAGUUGACUCA